AUGGCGCCAACCAGCGAUACCGAUGGCUCUGUCGAUUAUUAUGAGUUGUUGGCCAUUCCGGCGACUUCUUCUGAGUCUGAAAUCCGGCGCGCAUAUCGAAAAACGUCCCUGCUGUACCACCCGGACAAAGUCAAACCGACACCAGAAAAUUUGGACAAGUUCCAGCUUUUACAGACCGCCAUAAGUGUCCUGACGGACGCCGCGGAGAAAGCCAAAUAUGACCAAACUCGAGAGGCCAAGCAAAGGCGUCUGGCGGAGACGGCUGCGCUGGAGAGCCGGAGGCGUAAGAUGAAGGAGGACUUGGAAAAGAGGGAGGGCAAUUUCGCAGGCACUACGACCACUGUGGGCGGCGUGAAGAGGACAUGGAGCGACAGGGAGCUCGAGAUCAAGAGAAUCGCUGAAGAGAACCGGAAGAAAAGAGAGGCGGUCAUGACACAAAGGACCCACGAGGCUCAGGCGAGAACCCAGGCCCAAGAACAACCCUCCGAUUCUAUCGAUCGUUCUGUCAAGGUUCGUUGGAUCAAGGAAGGUGAGGGUCUUGAUAUCGACCAACAGGCUCUUGAAGAGAAUUUCCCAGCAGGCCAUGUUGAAAACGUGCUGAUUCUCAAGGACAAGAAACGCCGCGUCGAAGGCCGGGACAAAAAGGUUGUGCUGGGAACCGCGGUCAUCGUGUUCAACUCUUUGUCUAUCGCUAAAAAAGUAGUUGCCCAGGGUCCUUGGGACGGUAUCGAAAGUUUGGAAUGGGCCGCGGAGAAGGAAUCUGAAGGUACCUGA